AUGGAACAUCAAUUUUUUCAAAGGAUCCCUAGUUUACAGAUUAUCAUAUGUCGUUGCUGUAAAUAUGGUGUGCACCCCAAGGAGGUAGCCGCGCAUCUGCAGGUUAAGCAUUCCAUCAAGCCCCAGGAGUGUACGCAGGUGGCCGAGGCAAUCCAGCAGUGGGAUAAUGUGAUGCAGGAACCCCACGCUGUCCAGAUCCCCCGGAUGCUGCAGAAUCCAUUACCCGGGAUUGAACUGUACAUGAACGGCAUGCAGUACCAGCAGGACCCCGAACAUUACCAGUACAUCACCACCCAUAUCAAAAGUAUGCGGAAACACUGGCAGCAGGUCCAUGGAUGGACCCAGCAUCGCCAUAGCGGGUUUAUUAGUCGCCAGGAGCGGGAACAGGGCAUGGCUAGUUUCCAGCAGUCAUUCCGCAUGGUAGCAUGGCAGCAGGUAUUCCCAUCACGGAAGAACUCCCAUUUAGUGCAUAUUCGAUCCUGCGACCCCGAGCCCGUGGAACCACCCACCCCCAGCACUGACCGGGAGGCUAUGAUAGCCGAGAUCAAGGCCCAGGCAGCAGCUGAUAACAAGGCCGCUGCUAACCAGGUGAUCCAGGCCGGGGAGCUGCAGGAUGCUAACCCAUGGCUGCGGCGGACCCGGUGGGCGCGGUAUCUGGCUGAGGUACACCCGCAGGACCUUCUGGACGUGGUGGCCACGCCGGGAGCAGACGAGAUGGACGAGACCAGCCAGGCCAUGCAGGUGAUCUGGGAUACUAUGGAACAGUUAGCCCGCCGCAGCCAGCGGACCGUGCAGCACUGCGGGAGCGGGAUCCGCAUGGCCGCGAUCUGCACCAUGCCGGGGCAGACCCCCCACACGCCGCUACAGGCGUACAUGGAUGAAAAGAGCAUCCAGGACCAUGUGCGGCCAUGGCAGCAGAUAUUAAUAUUCAUCGCGCGCACCCAGACCCAGUGGCCAUGGCAGGGGAAGGAGCCCCGAUAUAUCAUGACCAGCCGGCAGCAGAAGACCUGGCAACGGCUGUGGCAGGCGGCCAUGCAGGUGGUGCAUGGGGCUGUGGCAUCCCCCGUCCCGGACGACAGCCGCGCCAGCCCCGAUCCCAUAGAGGAUCCAGCUAAGGAGAGUUCCGGGUUCAGGAUUAGGGUUGCCGGGUUUGUCAUGACCCGGGUAGAAACAGCAUGCUUGGAGUUUUGCAUUAAGCUGUUAAACCAGAAGAUCCAGGUUCAUGAAUAUGAGAGUGCACUGGUAUGCAGUAUGGCCGUGCUCGGACGGGGGAUCAAGACGUGGCUGGAUCCGGAUAGCUACCCCCCAAUCAUUUCACGGGUGUUGAAGGUGGCGCGGUUCAUGGUCGUGCAGAAGGCAUUAUGGCUGGAUCCCCAGCCCAUGGCGAUUAUCAAGAUGUGGGCGGGGCAGGCCGAACAGGGCUCCUGGACUGGGGAUGCCGCGGACGAUGAUUUAGGAUUGAUCAUGGAGGAUGAAGGGUUCGCGGAGGGUACAGGUGGGGGCCCGAUCCCGUCAUCCCCACUGUCGUCCAUCCACAGCCAAGAUGCUGCCCCCAUCAGCCGGAUAUCCCGCCAGGGCCGCAUGCCGUUCCAGACCGGGGUUGAUAUCAUGGUGGGUAAGUUCAUGGUCCGGGGCCAACACGGGCCGGUGGAGGUGUUGUUAGACUGGCGGACAUACAGGCUCAAGGUCUAUUACAACACCACAGCCCCCGGCCAUGUGACCUGGAUGGGCACGGAGCGGUUGCUGUACAAGAACCUGGAUUUUACCAUGGGCCAGUUCCGCGGGAUGGUGCACGGGCUGGUCCAGGCCGCGCGGGGAUUACUGGGAGGGCUGCUGUGUGAGCCCGAACCCCGCCAGUGGCCGGCGAUCCCAUGGGACGGGUUAUUUGAUAAUCCCACCGAAGCCACGCCGGGUUGGAGUUUUUUAUCGGACCAGCGGACGCAGUGGCCCGUUCCGGGGCGCCAUUGGUUAAUCGACCGGAUUGCGCAGGAACCCGCGGUGGCCCGGGCAUUCGUCACCCAGGGGGGGCUCAGCGCCAGCAAGGCCACCAAGUACUUCCAGCAGGUGGCCCGGUUUAAGGAGAAGCUGGCGGUGGCCGUGUAUUUGACCAGCGGUGCCCCCGCGCGGGCCCCCGAGCUGCUGAGUAUCCAGCAUGUCAACACCGACACCAACAUGCGCCGCAAUAUAUAUAUUGAAGAUGGGAUGGUGGUGUUCGUGUCCGCAUACCACAAGGGGUUUUAUAGCAGUAAUGACGUGAAGAUCAUCCAUCGAUAUUUACCCCGGGCCGUGGGUGAAUUAGUGGUUUGGUAUUUAUGGCUGGUGUUGCCAUUCCUGCGGCAGCUGGCCGUGAGCUGGGGGCGGACGGUGGAACCCGGGACUGAAUCCCAACCCCACCACCGCAGUCCAUAUUUAUGGGGACCGGACGUGGGCAGCGGACGGACGUGGACGAGCGAGCGGUUCCGGGAGGCAUUGAAGCAGGCCAGCCAGACCGGGCUGGGGUUAGGGUUCGGGUUCAACGUGGCGAAUUACCGGGACAUCGCGGUGGGCAUCAGCCGGCGGUUUUUGCGGGGAUCCAGCGCGUUCCCGGACAACAUCCAAACCGAGCGGCAGCAGGAGCUGACAGCCAUUGCCGCCGAUACCGACCCCGAUGACGGGAUCGGGGAUAUUGCAGACGAGCAGGCCGGGCAUAGCACCCACGUGGCCGGGAUGGUAUAUGGGCGGGAAAGCAUGGAAUUCGCCGGGAGCACGACGGUGCGGCGGUUGAAGUUCCGGGCAUCCAGCAUGGAUUGGCAUCAGUUUUUAGGGUUUACCGCGGAAACCCCCACGGUGCUGGGGAAACGGGUCAACCCAUGGGAGGCGCAGGCCGCGGAUCACCAGGCCCGGCGGCGGACGCAGCUGCAGGCCACGGACAUGGAGGCCGCACUGCAGCGGAUGACCGGACAGGGGGAGAUACAGUUCCGGGGCGUGCAGCAACCGGCCAUCCAGGCCAUCCAGGAUGGGGCCAGCCCGGUGGUGGCGGUGAUGCCCACCGGGGGCGGGAAAAGCAUGUUAUUCAUGUUGCCCGCGUUCGUGGCCCCGGGGGGUGUACCAUCGUGGUGGUCCCGUUAG